AUGCAGAUAUCUGCUGCUUCGUGUAACCGCAGAUCCAUAAGUGUUGAAAUGUGGCCACAAAAUAUUCCAGUUGCUAAAACAGUGGAAAUACCAGCUGCUGCAUCUGAUACCGGAUCGGAAAUUGAUGUACAGCGGUCGGAAGAUGUUCCUGAGUCGGAACCAGACGAGCUCAUAAGUGAAGCGUCUAAUCGAGGAUCAGAAAAUGUAAAACAAUAUUCACAAAAUAUUCCUGAAUCAAUGGAUAGAGCUACACCGUUAAAUCUCAAUCCUGACAUUGUACAAGACAAAGCUGUUCCACUACAUGAAAUUAUUCCAUUUGAACUAAAUAUGUCGAACUCAAAUGUUAUAUCUGGAACAACUACACCACCAAAUACAUCUGCGGAUAGCAGUGUGCUUCAAGAAAUUCAUCCAUUACCACAAAGCAGUCCGAAAAAGACAAAUAGGCGGAGAAAGCUGCAGAAAUCAGAGGUUUUGACAAGUACCCCUAUCAAAAUGCAACAGAAAGAAAAAUUUGAAAAAGGAAAGAUAAAGCAGGAAAAAACACACACAAAAAAGAUACAGACUACAGAAAACCUGAAGAAUAUACAGCAUAAAGUUAACCUGAAGAAGACACAGAAUAAAGAAAACCUGAAAAAGACAAGACCGUCAACAUCUGGAUCAGCUAAAAGGCAGAAGAUAUCUACAAUCCAGUGUAAAAUAAGUGAAAAAGAAUGUUAUUGUUUAGUAUGUAAGAAAUUGUACGUGGACCCUCCGGCAGAGGAUUGGAUUAUGUGUUCACAAUGUAAGGAAUGGGCACACGAAGCUUGCACUACAUAUUGUGGUCACGGAUCCUUCUUUUGUGAACUUUGUUUUGAUUAA